GUUCAGAUCAAAUUCUGUUUUAGUUCUCGUCGAGGUUUUGAAGGGAUCGGUUGGGAAAUUGUAAAUAAAUUAUAGAGCAAGAAGUUUAGGAACAGAGUGUCUAGUGGAAGUGAAUUAAUUGAAAAAUUAUUUUCUGCAUAGCUGAUAUUAGACUGGAUCAUCAUGAGGAUUAUUUUAAUUGGAAUAUUUGUGUUGUUUGGAGUGAUUCUCGUCAGUGGAGCCCCGCAAAAUCCAGUCACGAAUCAGGAAAUUCGCGAUGCAAUCUUGUCGCUGGUUCAUUCUAAUUCUGUGAUUGAUCAAAAGUUGGAGAGACAUGAGCAGCGUGAACGUGCACUUGGGGAACUGAUUAAGAAGGGACUGAUGACAUUGCAGAAGAAUCAGAAAAUAUUUGAGCCCAUAAAAGGUUCUUUCGAUCGACUUGACAAGCGUGUCAGCGAAAUUGAGACUAAUUUGUUGAAUAACGAAAAGCAAACCCGUGAAGAACAAAAGAAGCUCACCAACCUAUUAGAAAAGAUCCUUGCAGCUUUUGAACAAUCUGCAACUGUCUCAAACAGAAUUGCUGAGACAUCAGAAGAGGAAGAAGAAUCUCUGCCAAAGAAAAUUGGUGACUUGACUGAUACAGUAAGAGAAUUGAGACGAGAAAUUGGAGAAAUGAGAGCUGAUCAGGACACAAUGGAGAAUGCCAAUAAGCAGCUCGUCUCACAAACUGAAGAAAUCCUCAAAACACGCACAAAUCAAGCCGAAGUCGUAGCCAAAAAAUUAGAAGAUAAGUUGAAUGAACUUGUUGAAACUGGAAAGAAUACAGAAUUUGAAAAUAAAAUAACCAGCACAUUAAGUGAAUUAAAAUUAGGAAUUAAGGAACUGAGAACAGCUGCACCUACUGGAUUCACUGAAUCUGAUAAGACUUUGUUGAAGGAAUUGUCAAGUGAGAUGAAAGACUCGAUUCAAGAUAUGAGAUUGGAGGUUUUGACUGCUUCUGAUAAGAGUUUUGCAAAGACAGCGACACGUAUCAAAGAAACACAUGAAGCUAUCGACGAAGUCUCAAAGGCACUUACAGAUUUAUCAAUUGCCACAGAAGCAUUCUAUGCAGAAUCACAGAAAAUUACACCAGAUUCCAGUCAGCCAGUUGCAGGAAAUGAGAAUAUUGCAAAAUUAGAGAAAAUUAUGAUUGACACAUCCAAUAAUGUCCUUGAAACCAAGAGGAGAUUUGAGUAUGGAAUUCAUCAAAUUAUUUUAGAAGUUGGUGAUGUUAUGAAGACUGCAAAUACAUCGAUGCAAAAGAGACUGAAUGAGUUGAAUGAUGGAAUCUUAGAGAAUCAUAAUAAUGCAUUAGUCAAUCUCAGUAGUAAAAUUGAGACUGAAAUGAGUCAAGUAUGGCGUCAAGUUGGAAUUAUGUAUCAGGAAAUUACAUCCAGUAAAAAAGUUCUAGAUCAUUUGCAAGAACAAACUGAGCUUUAUGUCAACGGAACAAUCACAACGAUGGACUCAAUGGAGGGUAAAGUUGGACUCAUCACAAAUCGUAUGCAGGAAGUUGACUCAAACUUAAACUACUUAUUGGGACGUUUGUCAUUGGUCACACAAGAAUUCAAUCAAAUAAAGUUCGGACUGGGUGAAGCACUGGAUAAUAUAAGGAGUAGUUUUAUGACAGUGCAAGAUAAAGUGAAGCAAAAUGCAGGUCCUGGACCGCAUCAGAUCCCUGAAGAACAUACAGUUGAGAAACGGUCGUUUCCGUUUAAUUUGAAACCAAAACGUAAUAAUAAUUGAGGUUGAUAUAGAGUAAGAGUUUCUUAGUGACAUAGUGACUAGUUUGAAUAGGCUUAAAUAUGAUGACAUCUUUUAAAGUCCAGAAACCCGGUAAAGAUAUCUCGUGUCACUAAGAAAGCAAAGACAGCAUCGGUAUUCUUCAUUUAUCUUUAUCUUUAGUAAUCUAAAACUUAAAACUUUUUCAUCGUCUAUAUUCUGAGUGCUUUAACAUUAAGUAGUAUGUACGGUAUGUACUAACAUUUCAUUAGGGGUUGUUCACAAAUGACGUUUGAAAUUUUAACUUCCACAACUUCCAUGUGUCACAAGAAGCGUUCGAAUAGCAUAAAAUUGUAAACGUCAUAAGUGAACAGCCCCUCCUUGUCUUAAUCUCUCUAUAAAGAAUUUUUAUUGCUUUUGUCAAAUUUUAAGGAAUGAAUCAUAAAUAAA